AUGAAGAAACAACCAUUUUGGAUUUCGAAAUGCUGAACUAAAACAACCGAGUUUGUCAAAAGUCUCGAUGUCUUCGGAUCUCCCAUCCAAAUGUUUUAUGAGAAUAAUACGAGAUUUAAAACCAUUGUUGGGGGUAUCUGAAGUCUGAUUAUUGUGGCUAUUUCUGUGCUGUUUUCUGUCCAAUUACUGAAAGUGAUGUUUGAGCGUAGCAAACUCAAUUAUACAUUUCACUCAAUUGUCAGAGACCUGACCAACGAUCAUGAAGAUGAGUUUCCAGGUCGAUUCGGAUUUGAUAUUGCUAUUGGGUUCAGAGGUGACACCACAAGUUUGUUAGACCCAAUUUACCAGCAGCUGUAUGAACUUGAAGUAGUCCAGAAAAUUGUAACAAACAAAGGUGGAGUAAUCACAGAACAGCUGCUUCCUCUGGAGCUCCAGAAAUGAGGUUCAGAUUUUCCGUACAGUAAAGCAAGCUUGGUCGAAGAUUUUAAAAUUAACCAAUAUGUCUGAAUUAAAAAUAAAGACUUUUCAGUUUCAGGCAACAGAUACUCUCAAGUCAGAAAGUCUAUCGGAAUAUCGCUAAGCAAAUGAAACUCAACCAAGACAGCUGACUGCAAGACUGAUUCUGAAAUCAAUGCUGACGCAUUACUCAGAGAACUUGAAGUGCUGAUGAUCGAUAGUUACUUCGACCUUAACAGCAUUUCUAAUCCAGUGCAAACAUACUUAACACAAGAAUAUUUUUACACGGUUCAGGCUAACUUUGUGCACCAAGCAGAAAUAUUCUUGACCAAGAAUGAACUGUCCAGACACGAUGACUACUUUAUGCUCAGUGGCAAGGAAUACAGCACGUUCUAUACCACUAGUGCAGGCAAAACUCAGAGGUUUCAAGAUUCUAGCUCAUCAGAACUUGCAACAUUCGAGGUGUUUCUAGACCCCAGAGUCAACUACUAUAAUAGACAGGUAUUCACAAUUCUUGAAGUGGUGGCUAGCUUUGGAGGAUUUUACAGUUUAUUGAAUCAUAUUGUUGGAGUAUGAAUACUUUUUUACUCAAGAAACAUGAUGUACCACUCGGUAUUGUCAAAAUGAUACACAGUUUAUGAUACAAAAGCCGACAACAGUAUAGGUGAACCUCAAGUCGAGUCGCUUUCUGAUCAUCAGAGAAUCAACUCUGCCGAACAAAUUCUAGAAAAUCAAGAGCAAAGUCCAAGAAUCAGGAAAAAUCUAUAUCCUGAGAACCAAAAAUUUGAUAGCGAAGAAGUCGAAGGAGGGAGCUCACAAGACAACAAUGAAUCUCCUGCAAAUUUGAGAAACGACAUUCCAAAGCAUGAAAAGUUUAGGAUUCUUCACCAGAAGCUCAAGCAAACUAGAAGGUUAGGGUUCAGCUAUAAAGAUUGACUUUACAAUAUAUUUUGGCCUUUCAAGUCCAAAUAAAUUAUGCAAAAAUAAAUACUCGCAAUACCAAAUUUAUUCAGAAGGAUUCAAACAGUACUCGUCUGAAAUGAAUGUAACACGUCUGAUCUCUGCCAUUCAUCAGCAAGAGACGUUGUUCAGAGCUAUUCUCACGACUCAACAGCGUAUUCUCUGUGAUUACAGCAAUUUAAGAAACAUCGAAUGAGCUAAGGAAACAUCUCCUAGCUUCUUAAAAAUUCCUCGGACAAGCUCUCAAGAAUCUUCAGCAAAUUUCAAAGAGUCAGUGAAUAUGUUGAUAAACACAUAUAAGCACAAACCUUUAUCAGAAGUUGACUUAAGUCUGCUAAACCAGGUAGAUCCAUUUUUGUUCAACACCCAAAUAUCCCCUCGAAAAUCAGUUGCUGACUCACACCAAAGAAAACCUGUCUUUAGAAAGAAGCCCAAGAAACCUAAACCUACCAGCCUGCUAAAAAGCUCUCAAAAAUCUUCCCACCACUCUUCAUCCUUCUCACUACACCUGCAGGAUAACUCAUCAGGGAUCCUACCGCACAACAAAACAAUCCUAUCCUCAAUGAAACCUCUGCCUGCUCACGGACAGUUAAGUUCUUUAAAUGGGUAG